AGCUCCAAAAAGAAUGCACUUUUCAGGAUCAGAAAGUACAUCAUUUAGAGUUGCUGCCGCAACUGCCCAUAAAAACUUAGGAAGUCAUUACGUUUUGAAGGUAAAUGAAGCACUUCUCUUGUCACCAGGAGAACACACAAAGAAACAGAUUUUACAACAUGACUUGAAAAGGACCAAGGAUUAUCAACGAAAGUCAUCCACAUCAUUCAAGAAGAGAAGGUCAGCCCUAAAGUACAAAAAACAAGCAGCACUAGAGAGCAAAGAGCUGAGGGAGGGUACCACAUAUGAGUCUGGUGUGAGCUUGGCUGACACUUCCACAGCAGCUGACAUUCAUGAGAUACCACCUCCUGUCACCUUGCCCACCAUAUCAACUCUCCCAGAUGAAAAUUAUACUUUCAUCUGCUUUGAUCUGGAGACUACCGGUCUUGGUAUGUGAUA